AUGCGAAGCCUGGCAUGGUCAAUUAUUCGAAGCGUCAGCAAACUACCAGCCGGCUCUGCUCCGCCUCGCCGGUGGCUUCCAGCUCCUGCGCGACGAGAUGCUCUUGGCGAUCGUCUUUUCCGUGAGAAGCAGAGUAAGCAGGGCUUGCCGCGCCGCUGCUUCUGUUCCGCCAUCGCGGAUAAAGCGGAGACGAAGAAGGCGGCGGCAGACGAGAGCAACCCCACGGUAGAGACGACAAUGGCAACCCAAGAUUUACAUUGCCACUACCACAUGCCAAUCUUUCCGGGGAGCAGCCACCGUGACGGUGCGAUCUACAAGAAGAGGCUUGAAUGGGAGAGCGAUUACGGCGUCGAUAUCACCGACCGCACGGAGACUCUGCUUAAGCCAUCGUACGUGGACGACAUGACAUGCGAGAUGCUGCAGAUUUUCUCGUUGAAGCUAGCUAAGUCUCCUGUCACUGCCAGUGCCAGCAAUGGCUCGAUAGAGCUAUAUGGAUUCAUGGCGGCACGGGAUGAGUAUGAUUUGAAGCUCAACUAUGUUUUCAACCGCGGCAGAGAAGAUCCCGUCGUCGUGCAAGAGGGCUCCCUCAUCCAGAUGACCGGCCCUAGGAGAGGCAUUGCGUUUCACUGCGACGUUCUGCUUGAGUUCGACAUGAGGAUCAAAAACGGAGAGAGAGAGGAAGAUGACGCGCAGCUAAUCGACGGAAUGUCUGAAGUUCGAGGAAUGUUCAUGCCGUGGGAACCGACCCCGGUUCGCCUCGACGGCGACUGCGGCGCGGUCGAGGUGUCCUCCGCACUCGUUAGCAAUGCAGUCGCGGCCAUUGUAGAGGUUAUCGUCGUAUCAGAUGUGCGGAGUGGUCUCGAUUUAUCCCUCAGCUCCGUCAUUUGUGCUGUGGAGGCGCAUGAGUUUCAGCUUUUUCAUGGCUCUGUUGGCGACUGGUGUGGCGAAAGGAGGAGGUUUGCCAUUGCUGUCACGGUGGAUACCAUGAUGCAUCUGAAGUUCGUGGCUGGUCACAAGGGCUCUAAUGGUAAUGUUAAACGCAGAUGUUCCUUCAGAGCUAAGAUAAAUGGGCAGGUCAGCCGUCGAAUAAAGCUUGAGCUCGCCUCUAUCUUGGUGAAGGUGACUUGGGCGGCGUGGCCUUACCAUAUGUUUUGUUGA